AUGAAGUUGUACUCCCUGUCGAUUGUGAGGCCCUUCCCUGCGGGCGUGGAGAAGGAGCCUGUCAUCUGCUCUCAGGCCAUUGACGUCAGCUCGUUUGGGUUCUUUCAGCGCAACUCUGCCCGGGAGUUCAUUGUGUUUCUCACCCGCACGGUGGCGAGGCGGGUGUCGAAGGGCUCCAAGAUCCAAAUUACUGAAAACGGCAACGUUGUCUUUGCACAUGCAACGCUGGACGGAAUUGUCGCCAUCGCCAUUAGUGACAUCGAGUACAACUCCCGUGUCGCCUUCACGCUGCUCGGGGAACUCGCCCAGCAGUUUCAGACGACCUUCCACGGAAAAUACGACAUUGUCGAUGGCAAAGACGACAACUUUCUGAACUGGCCGUACCUUGAGGAGAUGCUGCUGAAGUACCAAAAGCCGGAGGAACAGGACAAAAUCCUCAAGAUCAAACGGGACAUAGAGGACACCAAGGUGAUUAUGUACAAUGCCAUUGACCAAAUUAUUGAGCGCGGCCAGAAGAUCGACGAGCUUGUCUCCAAGAGCGAGGAUCUUGGGAUGGCAAGCAAGACAUUCUACAAACAAGCAAGGAAGACAAAUUCGGCGUGCUGUACAUUCAUGUGA